AUGUUCAAUGGACGACCGCUGGCCCCGUUUGAACUGGGAGCUGGAGUUCGUCAAGGGGAUCCUCUAUCACCUGCGCUUUUUGUGCUCUUUAUUGAGCCUUUUCUCGAUUUUCUUCGUGUCAAAAUUCAGGAUAUGGGACUUCUCUGUGGGUCUUCGACACACUCGGUCAUCAGUUUUGCAGAUGAUUGUACUGGUCUUCUGCAUGACCUACGGCACACAAAGAAUUUACUUGGAUUCACUGUGGUGCUGCCAUUUCGGCCUUGGUCUGCGGCUACUGAACCUCUGAGACUGGAACUCGAGCAAUUGGGUGUCGUAGUUGUGGGGAAUUCUGGGCGUACCAAACUGCUUGGAAUUUACUAUGGACCGCAGCUAAGUAAUGCUGAUCGCCUUCAGCACUUACUGGCUGAAAUGCAAGCGCGGUGCUCCUUAUGGACUCACCGAUCUCGCACUCUUCGUGGUCAACUCGUACUCACUCAAUUGCGGAGGUCCCCUCUUGGGUGGAGCCGGGCAAUCUGUCUAUUUGACCAAGCCAUAUCCCCAUGGGGACAAGAUUUUGAUAUCUUGUAUGCGUCUGUAUCGACUAUCCCGGAUUACUCUAAGUCUCACCGUUGGGCCCAGCUUGGAGAUUACUGGCACUCCGUUCUUUUCAUCUGA